ACUUCCUCUUUGUACACAACAGUAAGCUAGCUGCGCUGAGUGUGUGUGCUACAGCGUUAUUCUCCUCUCUCCUGUGGCUGUAGCGGUCCAUUAAAGAUGAACACGGUUCUGUCCAGAGCUAACUCUUUGUUCGCCUUCUCCCUGAGCGUCAUGGCAGCUUUAACCUUCGGCUGUUUCAUCACCACAGCUUUCAAAGACAGAAGAGUUCCCGUGGACAUCCACGUCUCCAAAGUCAUGCUGAAGAACGUUGAUGACUUCACAGGCCCCAGAGAGCGCAGUGAUCUGGGUUUCAUCACCUUUGACCUCUCAGCCGAUUUGCAGCCAAUUUUUGACUGGAACGUUAAACAGCUGUUUCUCUAUCUGUCUGCUGAGUACGCCACAAGGAGCAACUCUCUGAAUCAGGUGGUGCUGUGGGAUAAGAUCGUCCUUCGAGGAGAAAACACCAAACUGAACCUCCGAGACAUGAAGUCUAAAUACUUCUUCUUUGAUGAUGGGAACGGACUCAGAGCCAAUAAGAACAUCACUCUGACCCUGUCGUGGAACGUUGUUCCCAACGCUGGAAUCCUGCCUCUGGUGGCUGGAAGUGGACACGUCAGCCUCCCCUUCCCAGACGCAUACGAGACCACAAAGAGCUAUUAGACUGCAACAAACACACACCCAGCCAGUUUAACACACACUGUACACCCACUGAUGAAACCAGAGAAGCACAGGAGCAAACGGAUGACCAACACACACAGUACACUGGUUUUUCUUCAUAUAUGGAAAUGAAGUUUUGUUUGUAAUAAAAGUUGGGAUUGGAA